AUGAGGAUCUCAGGGACAGCGCUGCUGCCGCUCCUGCUGGCGACAGCCACGGGUCAGCACAUCAAGCUGCCCGGCUCCGCAGUCGAGCCGCGGUGGGCAACAGCCGAUCGCCAUGUUUCGCCAAGGGCCGGCAACUCGUCCUCCUGGCCGUACGGGCCCUUUAGCACCAAGGGCAGAGAUAUUGUCAACUCCCGCGGCGAGGUCAUCACCUGGGCCGGCGUAAACUGGCCCAUGUCGGGCGAGACCAUGGUGCCCGAGGGCCUCGAGUGGGCUUCCGUCGACGAGAUCCUCGAAGACGUGGCCAGCGUCGGCUUCAACUUUCUGCGCAUGGGGUACGCCAUAGAGAUGGUCGACCAGAUCUACGACCGCGACGGCCUGGACGUUCCCCUCGAGGUUGCUAUGAUCCAGGCCCUUGGCUACAUCAACGGGACGAGGGUCACAAACGAGAUUGUCUCCAAGAACCCCGCUUGGACGCGAGAGACAACCAGGUUUGAGAUUUGGAGUGACAUCGUCAGCGCCGCCGCUGAGAAGGGCAUCUUUGUCCACCCGGACGUGCACACCGGAAAGGCCCAGUGGUGCUGCUCCCACGUUGACGGCACUGCCUGGUUCGACGACCUGUAUUUCAAUGCCAGCAACUGGCUGCGCGGCCUCUCGUACGUCGCAGAGUGGGCCAAGGGCCACCCCAACAUCGUCUCCAUGUCGCUGAGGAACGAGCUGCGCGAAUCGUGGAACGUCACAGACCUCUACUACAACUGGCAGACCCUCGUCGGCAACAUGUCCGCCGGCUGCGACGCCAUCCACGAGACCAACCCGGACCUGCUCAUCACCUGGUCCGGAAUGCAGUACGACCAGGAUCUAUCGGCCUUGACUACAAGGAAGAACAUCCUCACCGCACCCUGCUAUAAGUGCACGGCCAUCAGGGACGCCCAGCGCCGCGAUCCCGUCUACUUCGAUCUUGAUAGUUACCCCUGGGCCGAUAAGUUGGUCUGGGAGCUCCACCUCUACAGCUCCAGCGAGGACGUCGACACGGGCACCUGUGAGAUCAUAGAGGCUGGGCUCUACCGCAACGGCUUCAACGCGCUCGGCAUCGACCCCCCUCCCGCCUGCAACGUCACAAACGAUUGUUCUCCGGCCCAGCGGGUUGCGCCAGUCGUCUUGACCGAGUUUGGCCACGGACAGGACAACUCGAUGUACAAUGUCACCUUGCAAACCUGCCUGAAGGAGUACACCAAGAAGCAUGGAGUAUCCUGGGCGAUGUGGAGUCUUGCAGGCAGUUACCGCAUCAGGUCUGGCACCCAAGGGCUCAUCGAUACCUGGGGUCUGACGAAUUACAACUGGUCUGGCUGGAACUUCCCCGAGGGAAUUGAGGAGUAUUGGAAACCCUGGGUCGCGAGCAUGAACGUGACGAGGCUUACCUAA